CUCUGAUGGAAGACAGGGAAAUCAACAUUUUCCAAGGAACAUUAUAAUGAAGGCAUGUAAAUGCUUUCAGUGUGGAAGGUACUUUAAAUACAGAUCACAGCUCCUUGUGCACCAAAGAUUCCACACAGGGGAGAAACCUUUUGAAUGCUCAGAAUGUGGAAAUAGAUUCAGUCUGAGGGGCGGUCUCCUACUUCAUCAAAGAACCCACACAGGGGAGAAACCUUUUGAAUGCUCAGAAUGUGGAAAGCGAUUCAGUUGGAGCAGCACUCUUCACAGGCAUUUAAGAAUUCACACAGGGGAGAAACCAUUUCAAUGCUCAGAAUGUGGAAAGAGAUUCACUCAGAGAAGCAGUCUUCACAAGCAUUUAAGAAGUCACACAGGGGAGAAACCUUUUGAGUGCUCAGAGUGUGGAAAGAGAUAUAGUGUGAGUAGUGAUCUCCUACUCCAUCAGAGAAUCCACACAGGGGAGAAACCUUUUGAAUGUUCGGAAUGUGGAAAGAGAUUCAAUCACAGCAGCCAUCUUCACAAGCAUUUAAGAACUCACACCAAGGAGAAACCUUUUGAGUGCUCAGAGCAUGAAAACAGAUCCAGUCUGAGUGGUGAUCUCCUACUGCAUAAAAGAAAUCACACAGGGGAGAAACCUUUUGAAUGCCCAGAGUGUGGAAAGAGAUUCAGUUGGAGUUGCCAUCUUCAGAAGCAUUUAAGAACUCACACAGGGGAGAAACCUUUUGAAUGCUCGCAAUGUGGAAAGAAGUUCAGUCAGAGUGGCCGUCUUCAACUGCAUGAAAGAACCCACACAGGGGAGAAACCUUUUGAAUGCUCAGAGUGUGGAAAGAGAUUCCUUCGGAACAGCAGUCUUCACAGACAUUUAAGAACUCACACAGGGGAGAAACCUUUUGAAUGCUCAGAGUGUGGAAAGAGAUUCCUUCGGAACAGCAGUCUUCACAGACAUUUAAGAACUCACACCAAGGAGAAACCUUUUGAGUGCUCAGAGCAUGAAAAGAGAUUCAGUCUGAGUGGUGAUCUACUGCAUAAAAGAAAUCACACAGGGGAGAAACCUUUUGAAUGCCCAGAGUGUGGAAAGAGAUUCAGUUGGAGUUGCCAUCUUCAGAAGCAUUUAAGAACUCACACAGGGGAGAAACCUUUUGAAUGCUCAGUAUGUGGAAAGAAGUUCAGUCAGAGUGGCACACUUCAACAGCACCAAAGAACCCACACAGGGGAGAAGCCUUUUGAAUGCUCAGAAUGUGGAAAGAAGUUCAGUCAGAGUGGUCAUCUUUACAAGCAUUUAAGAACUCACACAAGGGAGAAACCUUUUGAGUGCUCAGCAUGAAAAGAGAUUCAGUCAGAAUGACAGUCUUCUAAAGCAUUUGAUAACUC